AUGUCGGCGACGUGGCCGUGGGUGAUCCUGGGCCGCGUCCCUCGCGUUGUCCCCAUCCCCAGCGACGCGGACGCGGACGCGGACGCGGAGGCGUUUGGCGCCGCCGCUGCGGACUUCGCCAUUGCGGUCGCGCUGCCACCGCAGGUCACAGUCCUCACCGUCGCCCCACUCGCGCACCCCGACCCCAACUAUCCCGACAUGUAUCCCUACAUCCUCGCCGCCGUCCCCGACUGCCUCCUCCUCAACUUCGCCGUCGAGCCCAUCUACGGCGUGAACUCCGCCGUCGACCAGCACGAGAGCUACCUCAUCGUGGAGCGCCGCUUCCGCACGGCAGGAGUCCAGCAGCAGGGCCACGCGGCCACAUUCUCCGGCGAGCGCAUCCCUGGGCGCGGAGCCGACCGCAUGCCCGUCAUCUACAAUAUCGAGAGCAUCGGCCUCGUCUCCUUCUACCACGGCGACUACAUGGUGGCGGAGCUCCAGGUUGACAAACACAGCGAGGGGAGUGCGAAGCUCUUCUGCUUUCGCACCGGCGGCGACCGGUGGAUCCAGAAGGAUCUGAUCUACCCCUCGCACUUUGCCGACGAGGACAGGGAGUGGAUUCCCGCCGGUGUGGUCGCCCAGAAGACGACGCUAUGGUGGUUCGACCUCUCGUGGGGGCUCCUUAGCUGCGACCCCUUCGUCGCUGACCCGGUGCUGCUCUUCCACAAACUCCCAGAGGACCGCGCAGUACCGAACAAGGCCCGGCCUGACGUCCACACCCACCGCUGCGUCACGGUGAGCCGCCGCGUGCUGCGCUAUGUCGAGAUCAUCCCUGAGGACAGCGGCGGCUGCCACAACAAGGAAGCAGCGACGGUGUCCAUGUGGACGCGGAUCGCCACUCCGGCUGGGUGGGACUGGGAGAAGAAGUACGCGAAGAGCUUCGAGGACAUCUGGGACGACGACACCUACAAGGAGACCCGACUGCCGAGGAAUGUCCCCGGGCUCUGUGCCGUGUGCCCGUCGAACCCCGAUCUGGUCUACUUCUCGCUGGAGCAAGAGCAGCGCCUCUUCGGCGUCGACGUGGCCGCGGGCAAAGUCUUGCAGGUCGCCGACAAGGCCUACGAGCUGAUGAACAUGCCUUGGCCGGUGACUGCCUCCUGCCGCUACGUCCAGGCUUGGAACCUGCCACCUUGGGUUGCCAUAGAUCUUGAAUUGGUGGGGUCCAGUAGCUCUUAUGAAAACGAGGAUCAGGCCGAGGAACUGGAUGCCGAGGAGCUGCUCAAACUAGGCUUGAAAGUUGCCAUGGGUAUGGAUCCCGCGACCCUAAAAUCCGAGGUGGAAAAGUACUGCGAGGGGCCCCCGAGCCCAGAGAGGGAGGUGAUGAGGCAGCUGACGAGUUCGCCCUUUGACUUUCACCUCACCGGGGAGGAGGCCGAUGCAGAUUUGAUGGAGGUUCACCGUCUGGUCAAGAAACGCCGUCAGGAGAAAUGA